AUGAACCAGCAGAGUGCCUCUAACCACCUCAGUGCCUAUGGCACACGAUCUGUCAUCACCAACGAGCACAGUGCCUCUGACAAGAUCGGUGUUUCUGACAGGCUCGGUGCCUCUGUCAACCUUGAUGCUUCUGCCAACCUUGGUGUUUGUGUCAACCUUGGUGCUUCUGAAUACCUUGGUGCCUCUGGCCAUCUUGGUGCUUCUGACUAUCUCGGUGCUGACAAGCCCAGAGCGUCCAGCAAGCUCAGUGUCUAUAGCACAAGCUUUUCCACCACAGGUCUGAAGAGUACCUCUGACAAGCUCAGUGCCUACAGCACGGACUAUUCCACCACAGAUCUGAAGAGUGGUGCCUCUGACAAGCUCAGUGCCUAUGACAUUCCAUCCGUCAGGAGGAACCAGCACAAUGCCUCCAACAAGCUCAGUGCUUAUAAGAUUUCAUCCGUCACUAGGAGCCGCUUCAGUGAUGUCUUGCAAGUGGGUCGGAAGGAGAUCUCCCUGGAUAAGCAGUGCCUAGACCCAGAUUGCAACGACUUCUGCCAAGGUGCCACAGAUAAGUCUUUCAAGACGGAGCCCGGGAGCAAGCAGGAUGACUUCUCUCUCAACAUGGACGGCGUCCUGAAUGUCUUCGGUCCAUUCGGCCGUAGCAGCUUGCCUCCUAUCCCAGAGCACACCACGCCAACCAAAGCUUCCCAAGCUGCCGGUCCAAACCUCCGUGAUAUUGGGCUCAACACCAGCAACCCAUCUAUCAGUGACCCCGAUCUGCUGGUUUACCCAGACCUUCGCAAACGCGUUGGGAGAUAUUUCGAAACCCGCAAGCCAACCCCUGAGGGCUGGACAUGGUCCGUCGACGGCAGACUCAACGCCGCUGCUCCCCUAUACGCACCCACCCAAAGCUCCACCAGUGUUGCGUUGACCGAUUCAUCGACCAUCGCCUCUGGCAGCGUAACGGAGUUCAGCCAAGCUGGCCCCUCUCGCCCGUCGACGCCUCAAAUGGGUCCCUAUCAAAUGGGACUCUAUCAAAUGAGCCUUGGCCCGCCAACGCCUCAAAUGGGCCCCUACCAAAUGGCCCUCUAUAAGACGAGCCCCCCUCCAGAGGCCCCCCUUCAAAUGGCCCUUGUUCAAUCGGGUCCCUCUCAAAUGGGGCCCCUCACAGCUGGGCUCAACAACCCUCUCGAUCCGAUCGCCGUAAUCGGCAAGAUGCGAGAGAUCCAGACUGAGGGCAUGCAGCCAUUCGGGCCAUCUCGUUACCUUAGUCAUCCCAAUGGAAACCCCACCGGCAACCCCAACGGCAACUACCUGGGCACCAUGAGUGCCGCCUCCAACCAGAUGACCAACCUGCCCGACCAUUUGAACACGUGCAUCUGGGUCGAAGGCGCGCCUGCCGACAUGACUUACUACGAGAUGCUGAGAAGCAUCCGCCACUGUGGAAAGGUGUACUCCGUGCACAUCAACCCUCCCAGGGAGAAGCACUUCACUGCCGCGGCCAAGAUCGCUUUUUGCACUCGCCUCGGGGCCGAGAACUUCUUUCACCAGGCCCACUCGGGUUAUGGCAUCGUCAUCCGUGGCCGCCGCCUCUGUGUCCGCUGGAACAGGAACAAGUACCGUGAGAACUUCAAUCGCGGUGAGUCUCGUGUUCUGAGAAUCUCCGGGCCCUCGGACUAUAUCAACUACCCGGUCCUAGCAGAGUACUUCAGCCGUCUCUUCUACUUCAAUCUCAUCUUGGUUCAGGAGGUGUCACCUGGAGUCAUGAUCUGGGAGUUCUCGAGCAUCCUCGCUCAGGCUCAUUCGGCAAAGCAGGCUAUUGAGCGUGAACCUGCCAUGAUGAACCUCGUCCGCAUCAAGUACGAGCGCGACCCUUGCGAAUGA